AUGCAACUAUUCUCUUGGCCCCGAUCACAGCUUUUGGAAAUCGGUGACCAAAGCUGGUGCCCCUCCUGGCUUCACCAACACGAGCAACUAGUUCUCACCCAACUGUGGAAUCUCCGAGUCCCCUGGUGGAGCCGUGGAAGUCUCGCGAAACAGGCAUGCGCAGUGUUCAAAGAACACCUGAAAGAUCUUUCCUUAUACACAGUUCUGGACAUAUGUGCUGGUGCUGGCGGACCUACUCCAGUCCUUGAAUCAGAGCUUAAUAAAGAACUCGAGUCUGAGGGCAAGGGUCCUGUUCAGUUUGUUUUGACUGACCUUUAUCCCCAUAUUGAAGAGUGGGAGCGGAUUUCGAAGAAGCAGCAGAAUGUCACAUACAUCGAGAGUCCGGUAGAUGCUCGAGCUGUUCCUCGAUUUGCAUCCAGAAAAGAGUGCCGGAUCUUCAAUAUCUGUUUCCACCACUUUGGAGAUGACGAUGCAGCGGGAAUUCUGAAGAAUGCAAUUGAGUCCGCUGACUCUUUUAUAAUGGGUACCCAAUCAGCGCACACCUCAGGUAUUCAUAGUCUCCCAGUUGAACUAAUAGCGGACAUUGCACAAUAUACCGACUCUCCUGGUCUCUGUGCUCUUCGGCUUACCUGCCGAGCGCUGUACCAGAGCAGCCUUCGCUAUUUUGCACAAACUUGUGUACAGACAAUAAAGACAGAUCUUACACCAACAUCACUUGCCCGACUAGAGCAAGUAGCCAACAAUGAAUUUUACGGCCCCUAUGUCCGCAAGUUAGAGAUCGUCAGGAAUUCAAAAUGUUCUUCGGAACCAUGCUCCUUGAAUAUCACACAAGACGAAACAUACGUUCAAUCGUGGCGCGAUGUGAUGAAACGCCUGGUGAACUGCCGAUCCUUCGAGCUAUACUAUUCAACAUAUACAACCCCGUGUCCAGACAGCGACGGCAUCACGCUUGAUUGGGCUAGUGGUUUCAUUCUCGAAGCCAUAUGCACAGAGCAAAUUCCGAUGGAAAGUUUCUUGAUAGAAAUCAUGAAAUACAGAGACAGAUGGGAACACUAUAACAUAGAGCAAUUUGGUAUUGCCACUUUUGGGAUCCCGGCCUUUUCCCAUCUCAGGGUACUGAGCCUUGUGAUCCCGGAUGCCGAGACUGAGACUAUUAAUUGGAUGGCGAAAAUGAUCCAAGGUGCCAAAUCUCUCAGAAAACUAGAGAUCCUUUUCAACUGGAAGUGCGAAUCAACUUCACUUCUCUCUCAGCUUUCGUCGGUUGGAUGUCUGCCGGAACUACAAGAGUUGACAUUCUCGCGGAUGUCAUUCGACUCUUCGGCUGCUUUGGGCAUCUUCCUUUACAGUAUCCGAAAGUCUCUUCGCUCUGUGACUUUUUCUACUGUGGUACUGGAGGCUGGGGGCUGGCGAUCCAUUCUCCGCGAGUUGGGUCGAGGUUUGUACCAGCUUGACAGUUUGGUUCUGAAUCGUGUGUUAGAACCUAAUGUGUUUGUGAGCUUUCGGAAGAUUCCAGAGUACGCACUUGAAAUAAGUUGUCUAGACAAGAGGCUAUACCGUCCGUACCCUUGGUGCCUUGCUGGCCGGGAUGAUGUGGGCUUCAGCUACUCAGGUCCGGAUCUCAAACAGGUUGUACGGAAAGUGGCUGCCCUUGUGGAGGUACCUUAA